UGCUUAAAUUGGCUCAGCUCAGAACAAAACGGUGGCACAAAAGGCAUCAAACUGCAUCUAACUGUCAACUCAAAACUAUCUCCCUGCAGAUGACAGCGGUUUGUUUACGGAAAAGCCGUGUUUACGAACUGCGAUGCUGCUUUCUUCUUCUGCCCUACCUGUUUGCUUCCUAGAACUGACAGCUACACUGCACAGUUUUUUCGUACCCUGCUGGAGAAUCCUCGCAUCGCAUUAGAGCUAAACGUAUCGAAAGAAUACGCACCGAACUGCGCCUCGCCGAGCCCUAGUGGAUUGCGGAUUUGCGGUCGCUUGCAGAGCGCCGAUAAAAUGUCCUCCGGACGGAAGUGUAAUAAUUGUGGAAGUGCCGACAUCGAGGUCGACAAUGCACGGGGCGACGCCGUGUGCACGAACUGUGGGUCGGUGCUGGAGGACAACAUCAUCGUAUCGGAGGUGCAGUUCGAGGAGAAUGCACACGGUGCAGCAAGCGCGGUCGGCCAGUUCGUGGCGUCCGAUUCGCGCGGCGGUGCAACGCAGUAUGGAAAGUUUCAGGUCAGCACUGGAACCGAAUCGCGCGAGGUUACGCUGCGUAAGGCUCGCCAAGGUAUUACGCACCUGUGCAGCCAGCUGCGAUUGAACAACCAUUGUAUCGAAACGGCCUGCAACUUCUUCAAGAUGGCCCUGAUACGCAAUCUGACUCGUGGCCGGCGCAAUACGCACAUCUAUGCGGCCUGCGUUUACAUCACGUGCCGUACGGAGGGAACGUCUCAUUUGCUGAUCGACAUAAGCGAUGUGUUGCAGAUUUGCUGCUACGAGCUUGGCAGAACUUACCUCAAACUUUCUCAAUCGCUUUGCCUCAAUAUUCCAUCCAUCGAUCCCUGCAUUUACAUCAUGCGAUACGCAAACAAGCUGGAAUUUAAGGAGAAAACGCACGAAGUAUCGAUGACGGCGCAACGCUUGGUGCAGCGCAUGAAGAAGGAUUCCAUACACUCGGGCCGGCGUCCUUCGGGUUUGUGCGGGGCCGCCCUGCUGCUAGCCGCCCGGAUGCACGAUUUUAGCCGCACACCGAACGAUAUCGUACGCAUCGUCAAGAUCCACGAAUCUACGCUGCGCAAACGGCUGUUUGAGUUUGGCGAAACGCCAAGCAGCGCCCUAACGGUGGACGAGUUUAUGGCGGUCGAUCUCGAGGCGGAGCAGGAUCCGCCCGCGUUCAAGGCUGCCCGCAAACGGGACAAAGAGCGCCUCCAGAAGCUGGAAGAGCAAACGACGGAGUUUAACCAACUGCAGGCGGAAAUCGAUGCUGCGCUCGAUCGCGAAAUGACCCGCCUGGGGAAGAAGCGCAAGGUAAAGAAUGUGGACUUUGACGAGUUGCAGGAGACGGGCCAGUUUAUAGAAGAGUCCACGAUGGAUGUAAUAACCGAGUGCUUGAAGGAGGAAACACCGGGCAGUGGUGGUGGUGGCGGUGGUGGUCGGGAGAAGAACAGCGCAAACAGUAGCAAAUCAUUUAUCCCGGAAGGUAUGCGCCCGGACCUGCGAGCUAUCUGUGCGAACACUGAGAAGGAACGCCCGGCUGGUGAAGAGCUGGGCAGCGGUUCCUUCCAGCCGGAAGGUGAUGUCGGAGAGGGUGAACUAUUGACCGAAGAUUUGGACGAUGAUGAAAUCAAUGGGUACAUAAUGACGGAGGAGGAGGCACGAACGAAGAACAUGCAGUGGGAGAAGCUGAACGAAGAGUAUCUGAAGGAUAUGAAGAUAAAGGAGGAACGACUGGCGAAGGAGCGCGAGGAAGGCAAGCCGGAAAAGAAGAAGCGGCGCAAUGUGAAGAAAAAGAUGUUUGGCCCAUCGCCAUCGGCCCGCGAGGCGAUCGAGAUGAUACUGCAGGAGAAGAAAAUAUCGAGCAAGAUUAACUAUGACAUACUGAAAACGUUAACGGAUGGUGAUGGGGCCGGUUCCACGGCAGCAGCGACCACUUCCGCACCAACGGCCCUGCCGGUGGAGGCGAAGAGUGAAAUAAAGGGAGAGAUAAAUCCCACCAGCAGCAGCAGCAGCCCAUUGUUAUCACCAGUGCGUGGUAUCAAGCAGGAAAAGAAACCGUUCGAUGCGCCGGUGGCUGAUGCGGCCGGUAGAAGCAAUUUGAAACCUACACCAAACUUUGGGGCCUCGUCGAGAAAGAAGCAUACGGCUCAGGCAACGCUGCCAGUCGUGUCGUCGGCGGGUGCGGACGACGACGAAACGGCCAAAGUUACGGAAGAUGGGACGACCAAAACUGGUCAAGACACCAUCGAUGACUACGAUGAGGAGGGCGAUGUGGAACCGGAACCUGAACCAGAACCGGAACACAAAUCACUGGCUGACAUGCUUAACACCGGGGACGAUGAUGAUUACUAUGGCUACGAUGACGAUUACUAAACAGCAAUAUGAAAUGCGCUUGCUGGCUGCUGAUUUCGACGUAAAUAGACAAAAAAUGUUAUAGACUUUUAGGAAACGGAAUAAGGAAAAUUACAUACUUGGCAGUCAAACAGAAUACACUGGACUUUUUGACUGUGUGUGUGAAGUCAGCCAAAAACUUAUGACUUGUUUUAGAUUGUCAUUUAUCUAGAAAACGAUGUCUAAACUACGAUUUCGGGCUGUUUGGAGAAUCCCUGAAGAAAGUAUAUGUACAGCAGCUAAUUCUCGAAGUAAAAAUCAGAAGUAUCGAUCGAAAAUUAAGCCUGAUAGUCAUUAAUUGGCUUAGAACUAAACAGGUAAAGUAGCUUUAGUUUUUUUUUUAAUUUAACAAUACUGUUUCUCAUCAUAAUAUUAAUCUCGAUUGGAUACAAAAAUCGAAUAAAAGCGAUAAAUAAUACACAACAUGUGCAAUGGGGAACUAUUGCUUUAAUUUUUUGUUUAAAACAAAUUCCAUGGGAAGGAAUAUGCAUUUGAGGUAGAAAUGCAAACGAAUAUUUUUUAUGGAACUAGCCAGAACAUUGUAAAUGGCAUUCGUUAUUAUUAAUGCUUUGUUUAUUAAUGAACUUUCAUUCCCAAACGGAACUGAAAGACAACAGCAUCUUUCAAAAGAGCAGUAAGAACAAUUGCACAAUUUGGUUUUUUUUUGCUAUAAGAAAGUUUCUUUUGAAAAAAUUAAGCAUUUGCUGUGGUGAACUAGUACAUACAGUACUCAAACAAUAAAAAAGCAUUUUCCCCCAAUAGAUCAGAAUUGAGUAAAUUAUAAGACAAUUUCGGUGAAGCUUUUGUAACAUUUGCGUAAGUUUUUAUUAUCUUUUUCAUUAAAUAAAGUUGAG